AUGGAAAAUUAUAACCCGGCAUUUUUACAACAAUUAAAUCCAUUUCUACGAAUCCAUAUACCACCAACUUUAAAAAAUAAUGAAAUUACGAUAAAAUUAGUAUCACAAUUUAAUGUAAAUAAUGUGAGAAAUAAACAGUGGGAUAACUGCUUAAUACGAAACAGAUUAUCAACUCCGAAAUACUUGAUUGAAAUUGAUUAUGAUGAGAAUUUAAGAAUACCGUCAAAAAAUAAAAUCCCAAAUCAACAUGAUUUAUUGUCACCGUUUAAUCAGGAAUCUGAUAUAUUCCCGAAUGGGAUUUUAACUCAUCAGUGGUUUGAAAAAUAUAUUAAUGAGAUUCCAUUUGCAAUAUUAUAUGUUUGUGAAAUACUGACAGAAGGGGCAGCAGAGAAGGUUGAUGCAUUGAUACUUCGAUUAAAAAAGUUGAAAACGGAAUUAGAAGAGAUUGAAUGUAAAUUGGUCGUACUAUUAAUUUUCCAAAAUAAUUCAAUUGAUGAGAGCACAAUUGAUAAAAUAAAAUCUGAAUUGAAUUUCCCUAAAAUGGGAUAUUUAUACCAAUUGGUCGAUACAGAGAAUACAAUAGAUAGGGACGUUGAAAUAGUCGUUAAUUCAAUACUAUCAAACUUAUGGAAAAUAUCUCAUGAUUUUUAUUCAAAUAUAGAAUACAGGAUUAAACAAAGACAUAAGAAAUACUAUACCAUGCCAUCCACAGAUGCAAUUGACACUUCGAUUGAACUAACUCCUAAAUUUCUUGAAAUUAGAAAUUUGAUUAAACAAGCUAUAAUGGGCGAAUUUAUCAAUCCUAGUAAUUUGGAACCUAGUAUAAAAUUAUUGGAAGUAGCUUAUCAAGAUUUAAUUGGGUUAUUGGAUAGCAUGUAUGCAAUAAAUUUACUGGAUCAUGAUAAUAAACUAAUAGCUCAAAUACGAACAAUUUUAGAUAUAAUUGCAUUCCAUAUUGUACGAGGGUACUUUGCAAUUGAAGAACCUGUCAAAUCGUUAAGAAAACAUAAAACUCAUAUUAUAAAUGUAGUUGAGAUACUAAAAGAGAAUCAUGAAUGGAUAUCGAAACAAUAUGAAUGGUUAGCAGAAUUAAUGGAUAUGAUUCCAUAUAACAUGCUAAACUAUUUAAAUACUACCGCUGUUUCAAGAAGCAGCAAUAAUAAUGGAAUUAGUCUGACUAUUUUUUUUGGUGGAAUUCAUACACCAGAAUUUGAUUUGAUUAGUAACCCUGGUUUAAUUUAUUUGAAAGCAUUUGAGUUAAAUUCAGAACUGGGUAAAAGAAUAGAGUUGUUACAGAAAUCGAUUGAGUCAUUAGAGUCAAUUCAACUGGAAGCAAUGAAUGAAUCGCUGAUUUCGGGUAGUGACAGUUUAGUCCUGGUAAUCUCUUAUAUUAAUUGGUUGUUGGGUGAAGAAUACUUUAAAAUUGGAGACUAUAAAAAGUCAUCAGACUUCUUAGAAAUGUCUUAUAGUUCUUUGGGUGAUGGGAAAUGGUUGAGCAUAAGUGAAGUCAUAUUGGUCAAAUUAUUAAAAUGUUAUUCUAUAUUAGACAGUAAAAAAUUGGAGUUCAAUACAAUUUUGAAAUUAAGUACUUUUCCUCAUUCCUUCGUAUUUGAUGAUGAUAAAAUUGCAAAUUUAUGUGAUAAUAUAUUUGAGUUUGAUGGUGAUAAAGUUGAAAUUGAUUUAUUGGAUUCUAAAUUACACGAAUUGUUCGUUGUUGAUGUGCUUUUGAUAGACAAAAAAAAAGUUAAUGAUAGUCUUAAUGAGACUACUACAACGACAGUUGGAGAUGAAUUAUUAUUUCAAGUCAGUCUCAAGUCAAAAAUAAACCUACUGACACUCAAAACUUUACUACCUUCAGGCUCAGAUGUAUAUGCUUCCUUGAAGCAAAUUGAUAUUCCAUUCACUAGAUUAGACAAAGUGUCCAAAAAUAAAGGAAUAAAGAAUAUAUCAAUAAGUCAUGAUCCAACCAAAACAAAACAAGAUACAAACAUUAUCCAUGUAAAAGGUCAGGAAUUAGAGCAAACAUUUGUUGGUUCGGCAAAUUUAACUUUUGAUCAUAUACCAAUGACUUUACAACAUGAGCAAUAUAUAACUCACUCGGGAACUUAUGGAAUUGAAGUGGUAAAACUACAAAUAGUAAUUGAAAUUAAAAACAAAGAAAGAACCAAAAUUAUUAGAUCGAAUAAAAUUGAAUUACAUAACUUGGCAUCUAAAAAAACAAAUUCCAAUGCUUUUGGUAAUCCUAUAAAUAACUUUGGAUAUUUAAAACUAGGUGACUCGAAGAUUCCUAAAUUUAUCAGAUUGGCUGAAUCAAAUAGAUCAAUCGUUGUUCACCCGAAAAUACCAAGUAUAAAUAUUGUGCCCGUCAAUGAUAUUGAUUGCUACAUAGUGGGUGAAAAAUAUACAAUACCUUUCAGCAUAAAUUUUGACAACGAUGAUGUUAAGUCAAACCAAAAGGUAGCUUUAACUGUUGGUGUCAAGAACAAAGGUUACUCUGUGGGAAAAAAUAAUGCUGGAGAGGAGGUAACAUUGUCAUGGAAUGAUUUAAAAGAUGAUGAACCAUUAAAGUUGUCGUCUAUCGCGGAAGACAAACUAGCUGAUUUGAAUAUUUUCAGUAGACAAUACGGAUUAGAUCUACUAAAUUUGCAGUUUCUGUUAAUAUUAUAUGAUGAUGAUGAUGAUUCUUGGAAUGAUCAGAAGGGAGGAAUCGAACCGGAAUCUCAUUCGUAUAUGAUUCAAACUGUUGAGGUUCCAAUAUUGCAAAAACCUUUCGAUAGUCAAUACUUUACUUUACCAAAAUAUGACGAAAGUUUGAAGUUUCCUCAAUACAAUGAAGGAGAGAAAUCACCAAUCUUAAAAAGAGAAUGGCAAUUAAUUUUAAAAACUACCGAUUUAUUGAGUAGCUUUAACUUGAAUCAUUUGAAUCUUAAUGCGAGAAUUACUAAUGUUGAGUUUAAUAUCAUAUCCAGAAAUCCAGAUGUAACUAUUCAAUUGUUGGGAGGUUAUGAAAAUGAUCGUAAAGGCAGUAUUGAUACAAAAAGUCAAUUGUUUAUAACAGAGACCAAAAAUGGAUUCAGUUAUAGAAAUGUUGAAGUAAUAGUUUCGACAACCAUAAAAUGGAAACGAUCAUCAGGGGAGAAAGAUGAACCAAUUAAUGAAUACAUCAUACCCGAAUGGUCAGCAUUAUUACAUUUAUGCUCUCCUAGAGUGUUAUUAGUUGUUGAAGAAGUCUAUCACAAAUCAACAUUUAAACUCAAAUAUAUUCUAGAAAAUCCAACUCCCCAAUCAUUAAAUUUUACCAGUGAGUUAGUAGACUUAAAAGCUUGGUCAAUUGACCCAAGUUUUGAAGAUCAAUCAGCUAAUGAAUUGGCUCCAUUUACCGUCAAACCUGUCAGCUCAUAUAUCAUACAAUUUUAUUUAAAGUUGCACCUGGAUGAUGAUGAUAAAAAAAAAGUUGUCAGAUUACCCAAAUUGAAUCUUUUUGAUAUUAAUUAUAGAAUAUAUUUACAAGUUUCAGUUACUCAAAACAAUGUAUUAUAUAAGGAUGGUUCACUAUAUUACGUUUUAUCUUAG